UUUCUGUGCAGGUACAUCUUACACACUGCAUUUUCCACAACUUCUGCGCUGACAGAUUGGAGUAGUGUGUUUUAUUCUGUUAUCUACACAUCAGUACCAACAAUUGUUGUUGGUAUUUUGGACAAGGACCUUAGUCAUAAGACUCUUCUUCUAUAUCCAAAAUUGUACUGUUCAGGACAUAGAUCCGAGAGCUAUAAUUUGCGGCUCUUCUGGAUCACAAUGUUGGAUACACUGUGGCAAAGUCUUGUUCUAUUCUACGUGCCUUUCUUCACCUACAGAUAUAGUACCAGCGAUAUAUGGAGUUUGGGUAGUUUGUGGACUAUUGCAGUAGUUUUCCUUGUCAAUAUUCACUUGGCCAUGGAUAUACAAAGGUGGGUAUUGAUAACUCAUUUGGCAACAUGGGGAUCUAUAGUUGUAACAUUUUUGUGCAUGGUGGCCUUAGAUUCCAUACCAAAUUUUCCCAAUUACUGGACGAUAUACCAUUUAAUCAGCUCAAGGACGUAUUGGCUCACUAUUCUGCUGAUAACUGUCUUAGCAUUACUUCCUCGCUCUAUGUAUAAAGUGAUUUGGCAGAUGUUUUGGCCUUCUGACAUUCAAAUAGCAAGAGAGGCUGAGAUGAUUGGGAAAGUUCUAAACAAUGUAGGGUCAAAGCUCGAGCAAGAUGUCAGCUAACAAGGUCGGGUACUUGAUUGAGAUGUUUACUGUACCCAACAUGGAUGGAUAUCUAUGACUUGUAGAGUUGGUCUUCGUAAUCUUCCUGGGACGAUUUUACUUGGAAGGAGACAACAAAAGAUCACCCAUAUGUAAACCCUAAAGGUCACAGAAUUCCUUCUUGUCUGGACAUCUAUAGAUCUGGAUCACAUCGACCUUGUAUAGAUCUGGAUUUUGAGAGGAGGCUUUUGGUGAAGUUAAUCUGAAACUUCCAGAAAAUUAGGGUUAGUACAUGGUUCUUUUUUCCCUUUGUGAGAAUACAAAUUUUCUUCUGCUUCUGCUGCUUCUUCCAUCACCUUUUUUUCAUUAUUCUUCCAUCAUGAAAAUGUAUUUGAAAGCUGUAUUGUAAAUGAUUCUUAGGUUGAACACUGUGUCUGUACCAUUGUUCUUGAUUGCUAGUUUUUAGAACUGUGUUGACUUUUUUAUGGAAAAAAAUUGUAAAAUGAUAUUCUGAU